AUGUGGCUCAUAGAGACACGCACGCUCAAGCUCAAGUUUGUGACCGACGCCCGCCAGGAGGGCCGCCCCUACGCCAUCCUCUCACACACAUGGGUCGACGGCGAGGAGGUCAACUUCCAGGAAUUCCAGGACCUGGAACGCGCAGAAGCUACGAGGCCGUCUGGGUUCGCCAAGAUCAAGAAGACCUGCGAGCUGGCCCUUAGAGAAGAGCCACCGCUGGAGUACUGUUGGGUGGACACAUGCUGCAUUGACAAGUCAUCCAGCGCAGAGCUCACCGAGGCCAUCAACUCCAUGUUCAGGUGGUAUAAACAUUCCACCGUCUGCUACGCCUUUCUCGCCGAUCUAAAGCCUGGAAAGUCGGUGAAUGAGGAGGACCUCGCUGCAUGCCGAUGGUUUUCCCGCGGUUGGACGCUCCAGGAGCUGAUUGCGCCUCGCGUCAUGGCAUUCUUCGACAAGGAAUGGAGGUUCCGAGGCACCAAGCGAAGGCUGAGGACGGCACUGAGCAACAUCACGGGGAUCUCUACAACCGUUCUCAGUGACGUCGAGGAAGUCUUUGGCGAGUGUAUCGCCAAACGCAUGUCCUGGGCCGCGAAGCGGCAGACGACACGCCUCGAAGACAAAGCCUACUGUCUCCUGGGUAUAUUUGGCGUAUACAUGCCCAUGAUCUACGGCGAGGGCUCCAAGGCAUUUAUGCGCUUGCAGGAAGAGCUGAUCAAAGACAACCACGACCGGUCGAUAUUUGCCUGG